AUGGCCGCGGGCGUACCGAGUAACAAGUUGGAUCGUGUAAAAUCACGGGAGAGCAGAGAAUACCGCAAGGCAAUAUACCAGAAAUGCUUUGCUGUCACAAAUGCAUGCGAGGAAGAGUUCUAUCAGGCACUUGGCGAAAAGGACGCACAGAUCGCCGGCAUGCAAUUGGAAAUACAACGUCUCCACGCCGAUAGGGCCGAGGAUGCCGCCAAAAUCCAGCAGCAAGUGAUAGAAAAUGGUAAAAUCUUUUUUGAAGCACGACGCCUGGAAAACGAACUGCAUGAGUUGCGUCAGCAGAUGAAUCUCAUGGCUGCCAACAUGCAAGCACAAAUCCAGCAGCAGGAGAAUCAGCUAGCCUCACAGCAUGCGAUUGGCGAGGUCGCUGCGGCGAAUGCUCUACUCUGGAGCAUGGUCAACAAUCCAGUGAGUGGACCGCAGAUUCCUUAUGUGCCAGAGUCAGGAUUGGCUGACGGAGGCUGGCCUGACCAAAGCGCCCUCGACUUUCCCGUCCACGAAUGCUCUCUUCAACCACAGCACUCGAUUGAUCUUAAUUUGACAUGA